AUGUUUAUCCCUACUUUAGAGGAAGACAUGCACCAUUUUAAACCGAAUCGACACAGGCACUACACAACGAGAUGCUGUGGGUGUUGCCAUGUCAGGACGGGAACCAUAAUUCUCGGCACUUGGUACAUGGUACGUACAAAUGGUCGCCUUGCUAGAUUGUGCUAACGUUAGCUUCGUUGCGGUCAUGUUGCAGUACCCCCUCGUUGCCAUUGCACUGUCGAGAGUAGGCCAUUGCGCUAACUAGCUACCAGUAAAUUAAACCGAAGCUAGUAUUUGUCGAGAAAGUCACUUUGAUAUCUGAAUGCGUGCCCUACUUUCGCACAUAUUGCUAGGUAGCUGAUGUCAAUGAAUGUUCCUAUAUUAGCUAGCGCUAAUGUAAUCAGAUAUUUAACGUUAACAAACGUUAGUUAAUUAGCUAAGUGUCAACGUUACCGUUAGGGACUUUCAGCCAAUAGUGUGAUUGCGGCACGUAAUUCGGGGUGUCCCUGCAUAUAUAGCAGGGCUGCGAACUUUUGAAGAAAGCUUGGAGUGAGAUUUGCUAAGUGAAUUUCAUUGCCCCUUGACACAGUCCCUAGAACUGGGACUGGGAAAAUGUUACUGUUUUAAAGCAAAUGUCCUGCCAUUCUGCGUAUUUUGACAUGGUUUAGGCCUAUGACCAGGGUGGAAAAUAAAAACCACAGGUCAGGUGUAUUCAGGAUGCUUUGAAUAUUAAAUGAACACUCAAAAUUCGACGACUUUGAGUGGAUUACAUUUUAAAGUACGCUAAUAUAUUUUUUUUAAUGUAUUUUUAGGUGGUUUGACAAUUAAUUCAGACUAAUGAAAUAAGAGAGGGAGACAGGCAAAUGCUAGAACAUUUUGGAGCCGGGAUCGAUCCCUGUUCUCAGGUUGAAAGUUGUGUGCAACACAUGCUGGGGAGUGUUACCACUACACCAAGUCUGCACAGGAAUUUUCUAUAUUAAUGGUUGAGGGUAACCAAAUCAUAGAUUGCAGUGUCCUUGUCCAUAGACUGCUUUCAAGGUAAGGACACAAACAUUUUGUUAUUCGGGUGAACUAGCUAUCUCUUUAAAAUAGGGCUGGAAGAAAAUCCUGCUUGCUCUCCAGAAAGUUGGCCACCCCUGAUCUAUGUCUCCCAAGUGCAGGGUGUUUGAAAAUGUUAUUGUUAUAACAAUUAAUUUCUCAAUCAUCAACCUAAAAUAAAAAUCUAAUGAAUAUCCAUAUUCAGGUGGUUUAUUCCUACUAGUUGAAGAUCCCUGCCUUCAUCAUACUCUACAUAGACACGAUAUGAUGCGUUUAUGAGGUGAGUCCCCCUACCAUCUCUGCCUAGCAUGUGCACAAUACUAAAAUAUCAAAUUAUAUUUGAUUCCUGGAGCAUUUAAUAUCCGUUUGCUUGUUUGUAUGACUCAUUAAAAACUGUCCAUCAAUGGCUGCAAUAAUACAUAGCCUCAUAUCAUUCAUUUUCAAAGACACAAUAUGCAUAUAUAUUUCAAAUGUGUGAUUACACUACACUGGCAACAUUGGGAAGAAGUGGAACAAUAAAGUACGUUUGGGGAAUAACAGUAGUGUUCUUGCUGACAAGCACAGUAAUUACCCUAUAUUUUAGGCCAUUGUUAAGAAUGACAAUUGUUCCACUGAUCAGACUAAAUAAAGUAAAUAGAUAAUAAAAUCUCCUGAAGACAAGACUACAUAAAUCUGCCCCUACACCCUAAUCAAAUUAUUUUACUUUACAAUCAAACAUACACUUUUGGGUUCACAAUCUUUGACAAAAUGUAUUUUCAUAGUUACAAAUCAGGUCACCCUACCAAACUUCCCUGCUAAAACAUACUGUAGGUCUGUCUGCUGCCUUUUCAUUGUCUCAGCCUAAAUGCCAAUCACCAAACGAGGGAACUAAUGCAAGUGUGGGUUAAAUUGACUUUAGUACAUGCUGUCAAAAGGCUCCAUUCUGCAAUAGAUUUAAUGGACGGGAGUAACAGCAACCUAAUUCUGUUGACAACAUUUUACAUAAAACAGCACUACCAUGCUGCUCAUUUUACAGUUUUAUAAACUCAGUGGAGAACGUUCUCUCCAUCCAGCUCCACUCUAAUCUUGAGUUGCGUUUCUUUAAAACAUUCGUCCAAUCCCCUUGAUCCUUCACAUAUCUAGACCAAUCAUAUGCUUCAAUGUGCUGCGGUUCACAGUGCUGUGGCAAGACGGGACAAUGAUCGAGGUUCCACUCAUGAUGUUAACUUGUAGGCGCAGGUGCUCUGAUUUCAAAACGAUUUGGAGCACAGUUAACGCGCUAAUGUACUAAUUUAGAAAAAUAAAAGCAGUAAUUUUCAAUGUGCGAGAUAUGAGCUGUGGCGUGAGAAGAGGGUCAAAUGUGUGUGUCUCACAGCCAAUGUGUGAGAAUUGGCAGCUCUGAUGUAGGCAUCUGCAGGAACACCCCUUCUCCUUUCAGCUCCCUCCCAUGGACAUCUGUCAUGUCUGGUGAGUACCCAGGCCAUGGAAGAACUGGGACAUUUUCAGCUUCCAGGAAUUGUGUACAGAUCCUUGUGACAUGGGGCCGUGCAUUAUCAUGCUGAAAAAUGAGGUGAUGGCGGCGGAUGAAUGGCACAACAAUGGGCCUCAGGAUCUCGUCACGGUAUCUCAGUGCAUUCAUAAUUGCCGUUGAUAAAAUGCAAUUGUGUUCGUUGUCCGUAGCUUAUGCCUGCCCAUACCAUAACCAAUGUUCCCUCAAAAUUGUUUUUGUCACUGAGCAAAUUUCAGGUCUGCUGAGCAAAAACUUGAACAUUGUGAAGAUGCUGUGCAACUUCCGGUGUGUGUUUACUGUGAACACUGAGGUUGUACCCACUUUAAGUUAGUUUUAACAGUGGUCAAGUAGGCUACUGUGGCUAUUUGGUCAUAAUGUAGGCAUACCAGAGUGGCCUACCAUCAAAAACAAUGGAAAAAAUGCAUCCCAUAACAUUUUAACGGAAAUAGCUGUUCUAUCGUUAAGCCUACAGUAGCAGCCAAUGUGUGGUGUUCAAUGUAGGCAUACAUUCCAUGAGACCUUUGGGGAAAAAAACAUGCAGGGCUUGACAUUAACCUGUUUAUCCACUUCAGACAAGGUGACUAAAAAUGUUGUUCUUUGAUGCAAGAAAAUGCAUCAUUUUCCCCAUACCAUUAUUACAGCAAAUCAGACAAAUUAUGCUACCCUCUGCCUAUUGGCUACUUAGCUUAUUCAAGCCUGUCUCAAAAUACAACACCCCCCUCUUUAAGACAAAAAAAGCUCUUUACCUGACUCUUUUCAAAGAUGUAUAGAAAUGCACACGUUUUGUGCUCUUGUAGGAAGCAAUCACUCCCCCAUUGCUGACUACAAAUUAUCUAAUAACUCAGUAACUAGCAAAGGAUAUGAACAAAUGUGCACACGUCGCUACAUGUAGCUGUCGCUUUGAUCUCAAAACAAGUGCAUCUAGUCACGACCGCUCAUGCUGUAAAAACAGUCCAGUUCAAAGUGAAUGGCACAGAUCCAUAUAUGGCAUUGGUCUAUGCAUAUAGGCAGACUGCAGCUCUGAUUGGUUAUGGCUCACCGGUCUGUGUAGAGUAUGGGCCUGAGUCGUGCCUGUUAAUGCAAUAAAAUCCUACUCCGAUGCAUUCUGCCUACAACAAUCUCUUGCUUAGUUAGUUUUGCAUACUAAUUCUUGUAUAGUUCAUUUUAGUUUCGGUAUGUAGCAUUGAAAGUGGCUAAUAUUGUGUUGAUUCGAUCACAAUUCCCACAGUAAAUGGAAACGUUGAUAGUGUUAGCUAACGGGGAAAACUCUAGAAAGUUGAGUGACGUUCAAUCUCAUGCUUCUCUGCGCGGGCUGAUGUUUCUUCUGCCCGGCAGUCCCGGGGAAUAGGCCGGGAACAUUGACCAUAUCCCUACUGCCACCAUGGGGCACUCUGUUCACAACGUUGACAUCAGCAAACCGCUCACCCACACUACACCAUACACGCUGUCUGCCAUCUACCCGGUACAGUUGAAACCGGGAUUCAUCCAUGAAGAGCACACUUCUCCAGCGUGCCAGUGGUCAUCGAAGGUGAGCAUUUUCCCACUGAAGUCGGUUACAACGCCAAACUGCAGUCAGGUCAAGACUCUGGUGAGGGCGACGAACACGCAGAGGUGCUUCCCUGACAGUUUGUGCAGAAAUUCUUUGGUUGUGCAAAACCACAGUUUCAUCAGGUGGCUGUCUCAGACGAUCCUGCAGGUGAAGAGGCCAGUUGGAAGUACUGCCAAAUUCUCUAAAACGACGGAGGUGGCUUAUGGUAGAGAAAUGAACAUUCAAUUCUCUGCUGUUGCUAGGAUAGUCUUCAAUAAGUUUUCACUUUCUCUGUCUUUCUGUGUGUCUGUUUUUAAUACUUGAUUUAUUAUGAGAAGUGAGAACUACAGAGGGACCGUAACAACAAGUGUAUAAGAUCUCUGAAUGUUGUUUUUUUUUUGCACAGUGACGAUUGGUAACAGUUCAUGAUUUCACGUCCAACAGUUGACAAGUGUAAAAAGACACAUUUGAUCCAUUUUACAUUUUAGUCAUUUAGCAGACGCUCUUAUCCAGAGCGACUUACAGUUAAUCGAACCCACAACCCUGGCGUUGCAAACGCCAUGCUCUACCAACUGAGCUACAUCCCUGCCGGCCAUUCCCUCCCCUACCCUGGACAACGCUGGGCCAAUUGUGCGCCACCCCAUGGGUCUCCCGGUUGCGGCCGGCUACGACAGAGCCUGGAUUCGAACUAGGAUCUCUAGUGACACAGCUAGCACUGCGAUGCAGUGCCUUAGACCACUGCGCCACUGAUCCAUCUGUCGUUUACAACGAUUGUUGGCAAAACCUCUGGAUACAUUGACGACAGAGGCUUUUAUCACAAGUCUAACCAUUAAAUAUAUUAUGCAACAUGUGAGAGGGAUUUAAUAUUUUAAAUAUGACAUACACUUUGACUGGGAAGGGAAGCCCAUUAAACAGAUUAGGGGAAAAGGACUCCUGGCAACCAUACAAACCACUUGGUAAUAACUAUUUGGUAACUAUUGUUUAAGCUAAUCCUAAUGAGAGCGCCUUGGUUUGUUCAAAUAAAAUGAAGUGUAAUUUGCUGCUUAUCUGUGUGUCGCUUAUGUCUGCGGAAACAGAAACCCAGUAUAUCACAAAAUAUUGAUGUUCUAAUCUAUCACAGACUUUAUCCUAGCCUGGUUUCAGAUCUGUUUGUAAUGUUUUGACAACUCCUAUGGUCAUUGUCACUCACGCAAAAUUAUAGGAGUUGGCAAACCAGCACAAACAGAUCUAGGACCAGGCUAUGCGUUCAAGGACAUACUGUAACAAUGCCUCUCUAUUCCCCCCCCAGGUGGUGAACCUGUUGAUGGGCAUCCUGCUGACUGUGGCUGUGACCCACCCAGAGAACGUGCCCACUGUGGACCUGCAGUAUGAGGUUAUCCAGCACUACUUUAGCCACACCCUCCAAGGGGAGGGGAAUGCCUUAAAGGGUUAGUUCAUCUUAUCUUCAUGUUUGGGUCAAGUUGUCCACGUAGGCCAGUAGUGACAGCAUCCACGAUAAUCUGUGUUUAUCUUCCCUACAGGCAGUAGCUGGCAUGAUUUAGCAUCGUCUCCUGAUUUUUGGUAUUUGUUAACCCCCCCCCCCCCCCCCCCCCCGACAUUAGCAAAGCUGCACUACUUUUUCUAGACUGGUACCUCCUAUCUGUCAUACACACAAAUCCUCUUCUCAUCCAGAAUUGAUAACUUUCUCCAAAUGCCUGCUUCUCUAACCUUUCAGCCCAAUACUGACUGAUUUCGCUAGAGCUCUUAUUUUGUCGCAGGCCCAAAGCCUGUAAAAGCAGGAUUGUAAUACAUAACCUGCUGGGCUGUGCUCUCUGUGGCUGGCUGUUGUUUAGUUGGCUCGGUGCAGACUCCUCAUUUCCCAGAAACUGUGACUCAGAGAGAGCUGAAGGGGCUUGGCUCUUGUGGGCAGCGACUGAACCACCCCCACAAUACACACACACACACACACACACACACACACACAAACAAACAGAAGGACUGUGCCAAAAGACGGGGGGUGCUGUGCGCCCUACGUAAAUCCUAGCUGUGAUACAACUUCAGCAUUCAGGGGACUGAUUCGACUAGUAUCAAAGCCUGGCACUGCUGUGGCUUCAUCGGUGCCAUUUCUAGUUACUCUUCCCACUUGGUUACCGUGUUUAAGAAGGAGGUUGCGAGCCAGAGUUUGGCGUCUACACAGCCGACUUCGGACCAACAAUUGUAUGACAUCGCCCCAGGGUAGUGGUACGACUCCCCGGUAGGACACUUUCAAUGCUGUCCAUCCUUUUCUAUGACUCCCACCUACGGUCUAAAUAAAGGAUAUUGUUUACAGACAAAGCAUGAGGGACUGAACCGCCGUGACCUGUAGUCUGAGAUUUUGUUUAUCAAAGUACAAGGUGUGGAAAAAGAGGGCCCUGUUCGAAGACUUGAGAAAUGCAUCCUUCCUUUCUUGGUUCCUUGAGGUAAGCACAGAUCUGUAAGUGAUUGGAUCGGUAUUAAACAACAUUACCACCCUAUUACUUUCACCAAUCCAACCAUUUCAUAUCUGUGAUUACCUCAAGGUAUCCUGCCUUCCUUUCUGAAGUCUUCUAACAGAGCCGAGAACAGAUGGAGACGCCCCAAAUAAGAGACCUUCCACACCAAUACUCUCCUACCAUUACAUCCAAAAAAUUGAAAAAGUUCUGUAUUUGACUACCAUUUCCGUCUGUUCUUUUCCACUGAUAUCUUUCACUGUAAUAUCAGAUAUUUCACAUGCGCAUAGAAAGGUACACAGUUAUCCUGUUGGUGUUGGCAGAUGCUCCGGUCCAGAAUGCCUGCCAGAGGCUGAAUGUAUAGCCUGGCCUCAGACAGGUACGGGACGUAACGCUGAACUCUACUGUUAUGGAUUGGGCUGCAGAUUGCAUCAGUGACGACCCUUCUGAACACACACACUAUGCACAGCUUCAGAACAACUGAAUUUGGGCGCUCCGCAUGAAACGCAUACGCCUCUUCUCAUUCACUCACAGUCACACUCACAAUGCCCUACUAUUAAGGAAUGGCUUGCAGAUUGCAUCAGUUACUGUUAAGACAAUCGGAUGCGUUACACUUUGAAGAGAUACUGCUUCCUGCACAGCUUUAGAGUGACUAUCUGAAUAAUAGUCUGGGAGCCUUGGAGUGAACCACACAUGUCUCUCCUCACUCACUUAGUCCCCAGCACGAGGCUGUGAGCUGUCAGAAGCACUUGACCGACGCAGCAGAUGGCAGGCCUUUUAAUUAGCCUAGCGUAGCCUGUGUUGUGUGUUGUUGUCUUCACUGAUGCUACUGAGUGCCUGAGCAGGAGAAGCUAAGGGCUCCCCAGAGCAAGCUAACGCUAAAAGAGAGCGAGAGCGAGUUAGUAGGCAAUGCAUCCCUGGAGACUCUUCAGUUACACACAAAUCAAUUGGGCCUCUCAGUAGUAGAGCUCUCACUCCGACAGUUGCAUGAAUGCUCUCUGUGUGGCCCCACCAUGGGAUGCAACUGACCCAGACCAGGCGGCCAUGGUGGCUCACAAGGAUAGGUGCACAAUACCACUAUAUUCAAUUGUUAGUUAUAGAUAAUUCAACGUUUGGGCUAAUAUUUUUUUGAUUUAGGAGAUUUUUUUCUCUCCCGACGCCUUUGACUGACAUUAAUUUCAAGACAUACUACAAGUUGAGUUUGUAGUUGAAUACACAAGUAUUUGACCCUAAUGAAUGAACUCUCGGUCUGUUAAUCUCUCUCUGACACUCUCUGUGCUUCUAGAGAAUGCCUGUGUGGGAUUCGUCAUCUCUCUGCUGAUGCUCUCUAUCAGCGCCAUGAUGGUCUAUGGAGCCAUUACUGUAAGUUUCUAUCUGUGUGUGUGUUUGUCAAUCAAAUGUAUUUUAUAAAGCCCUUUUUACAUCAGCAGUUGUCAAAGUGCUUUACAGAUACCCAGCCUAAAACCCCCACUGAGCAAGCAAUGUGGAUGUAGAGACAAGGAAUCUAGGAAGAAACCUAGAGAGGAACCAGGCACUGAGGGGUGGCCAGUCCUCUUCUGGCUGUGCCGGGUGGAGAUUAAGAGUACCUGGUCAUUUAGGCCAGAUCGUUCUUCAAGACGUUCAAAGAUUUGUGUGUGUCUGUGUCCGCAUGUCUUCAUCCACAUCCUGUCCACAAUGGAAUUUACGACAAAAUAAAAAAAUUGCGAGUCACUCCUCAACAUAUUUGCUCAGGGGCGGGAAAAUAACCCCUGCAUUCUCUCACUAGUGUCUUGGUUUGUGAUGCAAAUAUGUGCUCCGAAAUACACAUGUAUGAAAAGCCUUGCUUCCUGCUUUCUAAUAAUAGACCUUUUGGUCGCAGCUAUUCUAAACCCUGCAUACAAAUUUAAGUUGUGUGACAGCGGGGACGAUGACAAUUACCCCUGGAGGAGUGGGUAAAAUAGAACAUUGAAAAUAUAUUGUUGUCAUUGAGCUUCAACCAUGGCCAUGUUCAUUACGAAGGAAAGCGGACUGAAACGGGGAGGGACUACCUGGAGUAAUAAUAAACACUCAUUUUGAGUUUUGUGUUGCAAAAUGUUUUAAAACGUUAUCUGAUAUGUGCCCUAAUGAACACAACUCCGAUGGCAAGUCCUUUGUCACUUCCUGGUGUCUGAAAGGACAUUGACCAAUAAGAGUCACUGCAUGCAGACUCCUUGCUUGUGCAUUCAACUAGUCCCACCAGGGCAAGCGGAAAGUUGUUCUAACGUUAUCAUCUUUACCUCACCAGGCCUGCCUGAUGGGUAUCCACACUGACAGGUUUGACGGCUAUGUGACGUGGACCCAAAUAGAUCUGCUACUUUAAAUGGCGACUCACAGCUAACGCAUGACGCCUUGUCAAGGUUUUGGUUGGUCUUUGUGUGAGCGACGAGCGUUAUGCCUUAGCUGUGAGUACAGGCUCUUAGGUUACCCUUGUAGAUGCCCUGUAUUCAGUGUUUGUCAGAGUAGUUCCAUUGCUGGCUGUAGCCUCCCUUGCUAAAUACCCAGUCAUGAUGACCUAAGAACAGAUGUACAUAGAUUGAUUCACUGCCUGUGAAGUUUGACAUCCUCAACCUUGCUAAGAACCCAAAAUGUAGAUCAGAUUUUUGCUAGUGGAUAUGCUUCUUGCUUGACAAACCCCCUGACAAACUCUCUUGUGAAAUGGCCAUCAUUUUACAUGUAUGGUCAAUUAUGUAUUUUGUGUUUACCCUUCCACUCCACGUAGCAUCGUGACGGCUGGCUCAUCCCGUUCUUCUGCUACCAGCUCUUUGACUUUGCUCUGAGUUGUCUGGUGGCCAUCAGCUCCCUCACCUACCUGCCCCGGAUCAAGGACUACAUGACAGACCUGGUGAGUCAGUCCAGUCCACCACCCAGGCCUGUCGGGCCAGUCCACCACCCAGGCCUGUCGGGCCAGUCCACCACCCAGGCCUGUCGGGCCAGUCCACCACCCAGGCCUGUCGGGCCAGUCCACCAUCACCACCCAGGCCUGUCGGCUUACUUAAAUAAACAUCCAGAUAUAGCUCUUAAUUUUCUAGUUAAAGCACAAUUAAAUCAAUUAUAUAAACCAAAAAUCUAAACGCAACAAGUAAAGUGUUGGUCCCAUGUUUCAUGAGCUGAAAUAAAAGAUCCCAGAAAUGUUCCAUACGCACAAAAAGCUUAUUUCUCUCAAAUUGUGUGCACAAAUGUAUUUAUAUCCCUGUUAGUGAGCAUUUCUCCUUUGCCAAGAUAAUCCAUCCACCUGACAGGUGUGGCAUAUCAAGAAGCUGAUUAAACAGCAUGAUCAUUACACAAGUGUACCUUGUGCUGGGGACAAUAAAAGCCCACUCUAAAAUGUGCAGUUUUGUCACAACACAAUACCACGUCUCAAGUUUUUAGGGAGCGUGCAAUUGGUAUACUGACUGCAGGAAUGUCCACCAGAGCUGUUGCCAGAGAAUUGAAUGUUCAUUUCUCUACCAUAAACUACUUCCAACGUCGUUUUAGAGAAUUUGGCAGUACGUCCAACCGGCCUCACAACCGCAGACCACGUGUAACCAUGCCAGCCCAGGACCUCCACAUCUUGCUUCUUCACCUGCGGGAUCGUCUGAGGGGGCGCUGAGGAUUAUUUCUGUCUGUCGGGCCUAUGCCCUCCCAGGACCACCCAUGGCUGUGCCCUUGCCCAGUCAUGUGAAAUCAAUAGAUUUUGGCCUAAUUUAUUUAUUUCAAUUGACUGAUUUCCUUAUAAGAACUGUAGCUCAGUAAAAUAUUUGAAAUUGUUGCAUUUUAUAUUUUUGUUCAAUAUAGUUUAUAUUCAGAGUAAACAAAGUAAUUUCAGAAUGCUUAGGAAAGUUAGCUGGCAAACUCAUUGGACCCCCCAGAAGCUUAACAAUAUGUUCUCACUACCGUUGUCGCCUGGCCUGUGUCCACUGUCUGUACAUUAGACCUGCCGCCAUUACAUCAGCUGGAUUUGACAUCUGAAUGAGAAAUGAAAAAGCACUGGGAUGUUCAAUGGAACUGAAGCUGAAGCUAAAGAUGAACUGUAGGCCCAUAUUUUAGUACUGUCCCUGGUUUUAUGGGGGUGUUUAGUUUUUGUACGUGCUGAAUGUGUCUCCCCUCGCCUCUCAGCCGGACUUCCCCUACAAGGACAACCUGCUCUCCAUGGACUCCAGCUGCCUGCUGCUCUUCGUCCUCGUGUUCUUCACCUUCCUCAUCAUCAUGAAGGUGUGUGUUUCUGGGAAAUAGGCUGUGAUUUGAAUACUAAACUUAUUUUUUCCCCCAUCCAGAUUCCCAAGAAUAUGCAAUCUAUUUGAUUUACUGCACUUGUUAAUGUUCAUUGUGAGAUUUGAUCUGAUUUCCCAAUCCAUGGCUGUACUUUAGUAGACUAAUGAUAGACCUUGACUGACUUGACCAUCAGUAGAUGGGUGAUAAACCUUCAGGAGCUGAAUCAGUGGUGUUGGAGCUGGGCUAGAACAAAAGCCUGCUCACUGUGGUUCUCUAGGACCAGGAUUGAGCAUCACUGGCUCAGGUAGAAAGACUAAACAUUUUGGCCAUUCCACCCCCCCAGGCUUACCUGAUCAACAGUGUGUGGAACUGCUACAAGUACAUCAACAACAGGAACGUGCAGGAGAGCGCCGUCUACCCUGCCUUCACGGCCCCUCCCCAGGUAUGUGUCUGAAAAGCACCCUCUCCGGGUCCCAAAUUAAUUGUCAAUGGCACACAUAAUCAAACCUAUGAAGUAUACUGAGGCAUAACCAGUAGAGGGCAUACCUUUCACAUCUUUAGUCAAUUCAAGGAAGCACAGUGGUUUCAAGUGUACAGUGCAUUUGGAAGUAUUUCCACAUUUUGUACGUUAUAGCCUUAUUUUCAAAUGGGUUCAAUUGUUUUUCCCCCCUCAUCAAUCUACACACAAUACCCCAUAAUGACAAUGCAAAAACACGUUAAAUUUUGUUUGUGCAAAUAUAUUAAGAAAAAAACUCACGUUUAGAUAAGUAUUCAGAUCCUUUUACUCAGUACUUUGUUGAACCACCUUUGGCAGCGAUUACAGCCUUGCGUCUUCUUGGGUAUGAUGCUACAAGCUUGGCACACCUGUAUUUGGGGAGUUUCUCCCAUUCUUCUCUGCAGAUCCUCUCAAGCUCUGUCAGGUUGGAUGGGGAGCAUCGCUGCACAGCUAUUUUCAGGUCUCUUCGAUCGGUUUCAAGUCCGAGCUCUGGCUGGGCCACUCAAGGACAUUCAAAGACUUGUCGUUGUCCUGUUGGAAGGUGAACCUUCGCCUCAGGCUGAGGUCCUGAGCGCUCUGGAGCAGGUUUUCAUCAAGGAUCUCCAAUCAAGUUGUAGAAAACUGCUCAAGGAUGAUCAAUGGAAACAGGAUGUACCUGAGCUCAAUUUCGAGUCUUAUAGCAAAGGGUCUGAAUACUUAUGUAUGUAAGGUAUUUCUGUUUAUUUUCAAACAUUUCUAAACCUGUUUUUGCUUUUGUCAUUAUGGGGUAUUAUGUGUAAAUUAUUUUAUCAAUUAUGGUAUAAGGCUGUAACGUAACAAAAUGUGGAAUAAGUCAAGGGGUCUGAAUACUUUCCGAUUGCACUGUAUACCCAGUCUGCCCUCCUUCCCAGAUUAUUUUAGAGACGGAUGAAAUAUCUAGCACAAUAUGAAAUGUCUCAUAUGAUUAUGUCCAUCGCUUUGGUCCUCCCACUGUGUGCAGUAUAUUUAUAAAUGGAUUGAUGAAUUUAAAAGAAUGUAAGGAUUGAAUGUGUUCUCCCUCUCUCCUCAGUACAUCCUGCCCACCUAUGAGAUGGCAAUGAAGAUGCCAGAGAAGGAGCCCCCUCCCCCCUACAUGCCCGCCUGA